AUGAAGAGGAGUCUAGAUCAACACCCAAUAUCCAAACGACCCAAUGUCGUGGUCAACGAAUACGCGGGAGCUAUUGUUAGCGACAAUGCAAUUGACGAGACCGCUUCUUCAGAGGGCUUCUUCGAGAAGUAUGUGGUUGCUCGAAAACCGGUGAAAAUUACAGCCAAAGAUGCAAGUGCCUUGUGUCCCAUAAAUAUUGCUCGGUUUAGGGUCGAUAAGAUCUUGGAGACGUUGCCAGCGGCUCGCAAGAGGGUGCUUCAGGUGGAAAAGAAGCACGCCUUGGGGUUUGGACUGGGCAAGAAACGUGAGAGCAUGACGUUUGAAGAGAUUGUGGAGAGGUUGGCCCAAGGUGACGAGAGUCUCUAUUUGACGACACAGUAUGAGGAGCAUGAUUAUGAUGAGUUGAAUGAACUGGAUGGUGAGUCCAAUGAGGAAGGGGAAGCUGGCGAUGUGGGUAAAGAAGAGGCUGAUGAGGCUAGUGAGGACGAAGAGGAGGAUGAGGAAGAAGAAGAGACAACGGAGAAUGAAGGUGAUGAUGAUGCUUCAAAGAAAAUGUUGGAAUCAAAUCCCAACGGUGAUGAUGACCCCUCGGACGCCUCGUCCCCAGAACCCUCAAUUGACCUCGAAAACCUUCAUGACGACUUUGACGAUGUCGCCGACGAAGAAUCAUUCGUUAUUCCAGAACACCAACUCACUCAGGAUGAAGUGGACUAUCGAGUCUCGCUGCUUCUUCAGGCUCCACUUACAGAAUUGUACAAGGACAAGAGCUUUCCACUAGUUCCAGAAAAUUUCGGCCCACUCAUCCCACAGCAGAUCAAUUUAUGGAUGGGAGCUUGCAGCAACAAAAGGAAAGAUGCCCCAGACCUCUUCCUGCCCUCAAUUGAAUCCUUGGGCCGCUACGUCCCUCUGGGAAACUCCUCAGGGCUUCAUCAUGACCAUGCGGACAAUUUGUACGUUUUAGUGCAAGGAAGGAAACGAUUUACGCUAUUUUCACCUCAGGACGCCGAAGCACUUCGUACCGUGGGCGAGUUGCAAAAGAUUUACCCAAACGGGCUCAUUGACUACAAAACCAACCAGAGAGCCCGCUUCUGGAGACCCAUGAGGGCAGACGGCGCCAUGAUUGGCGAAUGGGCCCGCUGGAUGAUUGAAAAAGAGGAUUUUAAGCAGUAUUCAAAGGAAAAGUUGGAAAAGAUGAUCGAGAACGAUGUGCCCUUCGCUGAAAAGUCGAAUCUGGAAAGCAAUUUGGACCCUCCUAGUUUCUCGACGGUGCCUCCACUUCUCGCCCAUUUGAGCGAGAUUUCCGACGAGAGGCACCGAGAGUCGCUCCAGAACUACGCCAACAAGCACUUUCCCGGUUUUCUCAAUCUUCACAAGCUUGAGGUGUGGCUUGAGCCGGGGGACAUGCUCUACUUGCCAACAGGCUGGUUUCAUGAAGUCACCAGCUUUGCAGAGGACAGUGCCAGUGCUGGUGCGCACGUGGCUUUGAACUGGUGGUUUGUGCCUCCAACGGGUGGCAGAGACAGGCCAUAUCCAGAUGAAUACUGGAAGGAGGAUUACGAAAAGACAUUGGCUUCAAUCGAGUAUAAGAGAGCCGAGAGCGCAUAG